AUGCUGAGCAGGUUCCUGGGCCCGCACUGUCGCGAGCUGGCCAGAAAUUGGAUUCCCAUGGCGGGCAUGUGGGGCACCGUGGGCACCAUGGGACUGGUGUGGGCCACCGAGUGGUGGCUGAUUCUGGACCAGGUGCCCUACAUCAAUGGCAAGUUUAAGAAGGAUGAUUAG